AUGUAUAAUAGAUAGACAAUAUUUUAUUCAAGAAAUCCUGAAAAUUUGUAGAAGGAUUUAAAUUUAGGUGACAUUUCAAUUAUUGACACUAUAGUUUUGGAUUAUGAGUUCAAAAAGAAGAUGAAUAUAGCAGAUUUAGCAAAAAAUAUGAAGAAUUUUAUAUAAUAUCCUAACAUAAAAACUCUUUUCUACAAUUUUGGUGGAUGUGCAAUCAAUAAUCAAGCGAUUAAGUAGAUUUUAGAUAGCCAUAAGCAAUUUUAGAACAAAAUUAAAUCUUUGCAUUUAAUUUUAGAUAAUAACUUAGAAAUUACAAAAGAUGGAUUUAUUGAUCUAGCAAGGUUUUUGAUUAACUGCCCAUCUUUGAAUAAUUUAAGUUUAUCUUUUAGAAAGUGCGGAUUGAACUCGUAAUCAGUAUCUUUGCUUUUCAACGAAUUAAAAAAUAUGGAAUUAAAAGUCUUAACUCUUAACUUUGACACAAAUAAAAUAGAGUACGAUGCAAAGCUCGGUGAAUCAAUAAAAACACUAUUUCUAAAAAGCAAACAUUGUCUAAGAUACACAGAAAUUAUAUUUCAAAACAAUUAACUAGGUGAUAAAGGAGUUAAUGAUAUUUCUACUUCUUUAUAAGGUUUAUCUUCCCUGACUUGCUUGCUAAUUAAUGUAGUGAAAAAUAAUGUUACUGAUGCUUCAAUUAAAACACUUUCUCAAUCUAUUGCUAAAUUUUAAUAUAUAAAUUUCUUGCAUUUAUGUUUAGAUUCAAAUUCCAUAACUGAAGUUGGUAUUAAAGAGCUAUCAGUGGCUAUGGAAUCACUAGCUACUAUCGUUCAUUUAAAUCUUGAUUUAGACUAUAAUAAAAUAGGCAGUGAUGGCAUUAAAUCUUUAUUCUCUUAAAUUCAUAAACUUGAAUGUCUUUAAUCUUUAGCAGUAAAUAUUGCUCAUAAUUAGUUUGGAGACGAUGGAGCUGUGUAUAUAGCUGAAAAUAUUUCUAACUUGAGUAACUUAAAAAGCUUAAAAUUAGAAUUAGGGUGGAAUAAAAUAGGACCUAUUGGCAGCAAAUCAAUUUCUUAGCACAUUUCUAAGCUUGGAAAACAACUCACAAGUCUUUAUUUAUUUGUCGACAAUAAUCCACUUAAAGAGGAAGGUGUAAAUAGCUUAACAGAUAUGAUCACAAAUUUUAAUGGUAUCAAAAAAUUAGUGAUAGACUUCGACGACGUUGGAAUGACAGUCAAUUCAGCAUAAAAACUAAAUAGUGCAAUUAAAAAACUGACAUCUCUUGGAUUACUUUUGCUAAAUAUUACAAAAAAUGAGGUUUAAUCAGGAGAUUUCUAAAAUUUACUGAAAGAUAUGAAAAAGGUCUUCCCAAGAAUACAAAUGGAAGGAUACAUGUAUAAAUUUGGACCAAACAAAAAUUUAAGAGCACUUCACUCAACUUCUAUGAAAGUAUAAAAUGCGAUUGGAUUAUGCUCUUAUAUUUCCAGAGUCAGUGAGGUAGCUAGAGAAUUAAUUCCUUUAGAAGACUCAGCUAUUAUGCUUAGCUUAAGAAGCUAUGCAAGUAAUUAUGAAGAAUACUUGAAGCCAGAAUAAUUGAGUUUAAUAUUUAGUGAUACAAUGGAAUUAAAUGCAGAAUUCUGGAGAAAUUUUAUAACAUUUAAUGAAACUGAGUUUGACAUGAAUUAAAUAAAUUUACUAGAUACCAGUGAUAUGUAAGUUGAUGCAAAUAGAAAUAUGAUGAAUAAUAGUAAAGGAAUGAGGUAAACUGGCUAUACAUAAUUUAGCAAUGAAGGAAAACCUUUCCCUAAUCAGAAUGCCUAAAAUAAUGACCUUGCAUUUUCUAAUAUUUCAAAAAUAUAUCCCCCAGGUUAAGGAUAAAAUAUAAAUUUAUCUAACUUUUAAGCAAACGGAUUGUGCCUACUUCUUCCAUUUAAUAUGGAGUAUUAAAUCCAAAAACAACUAGGUGUUGGUUCUUUUGGUCCUGUUUAUCAAGUUUAUGCUGGAGGAAGAGUUAUGGCUUUCAAGUAAAUAGAAUUAGAUUUAGUAAAAACAAAGAAUGCAAUGCAAGAUUUAUAAACACUAUAUCUAUAAGUGAAUACCUUAGUCGGCAGUAUGGACCAUAAAGGAAUUAUGCCUUUAGUAGGAAUGAGUUUUGAUAUAAACGAGUCCCACAUUAUGAAGACAAAUAUAUUUAUGCCUAUAGCUUAAACUAAUCUUUACUAAUAUGUUAAAGAUAGGAAUAGCAUAAACACCCCUCAAUGUUUAAAAAUUGCUAAGGACAUUUUAAUUACUCUGACAUACUUUUAAAGAAAUUUAAUUAUUCAUGCUGGUUUAAAACCUUCUAAUAUCCUCUUUAUGGACUUCGAGUAUAAAAAUCCUUUGAUUUCUGAUUUAGGAAUUGCUAAGCUAGCUAAAUGGCUUACAAUAGAAGGAGAAAGUACAUCUGUCCAUGGAUUUGCUCCUAAAUACAGUGGUCCUGAAAUAUUCGAUGGCUAGACUAAUAAAUUUACAGAUACAUGGAGCUUUGGAUGCAUUUUAUUACAUUUAUUUACUGGAGAAGUUCCUUGGAGUGGUUUGAGCGAAUAUCAAUAAGUAAAGGUAAUGUCUCAAAAGAAAACAAUAUUAUAGCAUUAUAAAUAACAUAUUAAUGAAGAGAAUAAAACAAACAAGUUACCCGUCUAAAUAGAAGCUUUAAUAGAAAAAUGUUGUAAUUAUGACAUUAGAAUCACUCCUGAAGAUCUUUUAUAGAUAUUUCCUGAUCAACUUAAAUGA